UGUACAUAUCUCCUCCUCGCUCCUUCCCAUCCCCAUCUCUCCUCUAAGCCUUUCUCUCUCUAUAUAUAGAGAUUUGUUAAAAAGAGCUUAACCGUUCUUGGCAAAGGCUGAGCAGGUUUAGGUUUAGAUUCAGGUUCAGCCAUGGAAGCAAUUAAUAACACUCGUUCUUCUUCUUCUUCUUCUUCUACAUCUUCAUCUUCUUCCUCGGACUCUACUUCUUAUGGUUCUUCUAAACAACCAGACAGAUCAGAGGGAGAUACGAAGAAAUCGGAGAGGAUCAAAGGGCCAUGGAGUAACGAAGAAGACAAGAUCCUAUCUCGUCUAGUCGAACGACACGGCGCACGAAACUGGUCUCUGAUAAGCCGUUACAUACCGGGUCGGUCAGGUAAGUCUUGCCGGCUCCGGUGGUGUAAUCAGCUCAGCCCCAAUGUCGAGCACCGACCCUUUUCUCCGGCUGAGGAUGAGACUAUCUUAGCUGCUCAUGCCAAAUAUGGAAAUAGAUGGGCCACCAUUGCUCGGUUACUCCCCGGUCGGACCGAUAAUUCUGUGAAGAACCAUUGGAACUCUACGCUUAGGAGGAAGCAGAGAGAAGUUGUGGCGGAGGGAGACAGUAGUGGUAGUGGUAGUGGGACGAGUCGGGGGUUUGGGUGUUUGUCGUCGACGCCGGUAGAGGUGGAGCCGGUGACCGCGUUGACGCUGGCGCCGCCCGGGGUGGGUUGUGUGGCGCCGCCGGAAAGGCAGAUUGGAAUGGAGAAUAUGCCGGCGGGUUUUUGGGAUAUGAUGAGGGAUGUGAUUGCUAGGGAGGUGAGGACUUAUGUGACGGCUUCCUUGUCUGAAACAGCAACUCCUGGGACUGGGCUUGGGCUUGGGCUUGGGCUUUCUUGGAAUGGCUGAGACUUGAGGGUUCCACAGCUGGUUUUUUUUUUUUUUGGGGGGGGGGGUGGGGGUGGGGGGUGUUUGCUAUUUAUCGAUUUUAAUUAAAUGGUACUUCUUGAUAUCUUUGAAAGCAAAAUAACAGCUUUCUUUUGCAAAGCCCCAACUAUAAAAUAUUGGCUUCAUGAAUCAUAUGGUAUAUAUUGGUUCUAAAAUUGUUCACAUUUGGCCAAUUUAACUA